UAACAGAAUAAUAAAACACGCUAAGCAAUGACACUGUCAUGUUCGGUCGAUUUUACGAUGACAGCAAGCAAACUGUCAGAAUAGAGAUAAAUAAAGCAGGAAAAUAAUAACAAAGUCAAUAAUAUCUGCCCCUAAAUAAAGCAAUUAUAGGUGUAGAAAAUGCGUGAAGCCAAGAUGAGCACGCAUCUAUCCGGCGGGAGGCUUAACGUGGCUCUGGUUCAGGAGACCAUGAGAACUGAGUUAUUGAAUCUACUGCAACUUUACAAGGGCCCAAAAAUAACCAUAUGGGAUGAAUGGCUAGCAGGUCCAGUAGGCCUAGUAGCCCAGUACUCCUUGUUGAAGGAUCAUGGGGUAACAGAAAUGUUUCCACUGAAGCCGGGCUGUCUGCCUACUAUUACUGUAAAACACAUUGUGUUUAUAUCCCGGCCUAAACUGGCAUUGAUGGAUUUGGUUGCUGAUUAUAUUCUGUCACUCAGAUCAAAACAAUCAACCCCUGUGGAGUUCCACCUGUUCUUUGUGCCGCGUAAGAGUGAACUCUGCAAGAUACAUCUGACCAACCGAGGAGUUCUCGCCAACCUCACCAUACAGGAGUUCAAGUGUGAUAUCUUUCCCUUCGAGAGUGACGUCAUGUCUCUGGAACUACAGAAUGACUUCAGAGAGAAUUAUCUAGAAGGUGAUCCAAAGUGUGUCUACAAUGCUGCGCAAGCUCUUCGUACCAUACAACAGCUGUAUGGUAUUAUACCAAGAGUAUUUGGCAAGGGAACGGCUGCCAAACAGGUAUGGGACCUCCUUUGUCGUCUGAACAAGGAAGAGCAGGGCCAAGGGCCGAAGGGUGCGGCGACCUCAUGCAUAGAUCAGCUGUUGUUACUUGAUAGAGCUGUCGACUUCACGAGUGUCAUGGCUACCCAGCUGACCUACGAAGGGCUUAUUGAUGAGAUCUACGGCAUUAAGAACUCCACAGCGACAUUCCCGGGACACAAGUUCGUGAGCCCCGACGACGCGAGCCCCGAGGUGACGGCGCGCGAGAGGAAACGCAUCAUACUCAACUCUAGCGAAGAACUCUUUGCUGAAAUCAGGGACAGUAGCUUUACCUCGGUCGGAGCAGCGUUAUCGAAGAAGGCUCGCGUAAUAAAGACCCAGUUGGACGAGCGACACACGGACAAGACAGUGCAAGGCAUGAAGCAGUUCGUGUCGCGACUGCCGCAGUUAAUGGCCAACAAACAGUCCUUGACAACACAUACCAGCAUUGCUGAGUAUAUUAAGGAGACCACGGACACUUUCGAAUUCCAUGACAUGAUUCAGUGUGAGGAGGAUUUCCUCAACUGUAUCGACAACGAAAAAGUUUGUACUUAUAUUGAAGACCUCAUAGCGCAGAAGGAACCUUUGACGAAGGUGCUUCGACUGAUCUGUCUCCAAUGUGUGACAGGAUCUGGUCUGAAGCCCAAACUCCUGGAGUACUACAAGCGCGAACUCGUGCAGGUGUACGGGCUGAACACCUGGCUCACUCUGUGCAACCUGGAGAAGUGUGGCCUGCUCAGACCGCAGACCGGGACUAGACAGUAUGCUGUGUUGAGGAAGACGCUGCACCUCACAAUGGACGAGGCGGAGAUGGACGGCAAAGAGAAGAGUUACCUCUGCAAUAAGUACACGCCGCUCACUGUGCGGCUAAGCGAACAUAUCGCUAAGAAUAAGGGGUGGACUGGCAUCCAAGACGUGUUAGGCCUCCUACCAGGCCAUACUGUUGAUGAACUACAAACCUUACAGCCACGCAUGGCGCGUCGUAACUCCAUCUCCAGUGAGAACUCAUCCUCCAUGGAGAACCCCAGGGUCAUCCUAGUGUUCUUCAUCGGAGGCUGUACGUACCAGGAGAUAUCGGCACUACGCACCAUCAGCCAACAGGAAGACUCCAAUGUAGAAUUUGUUAUUCUUACUACGAAACUAAUCAAUGGAAACACAUUCAUUGAAUCGUUGAUGGAGACUGAAUAGCUCAUUAUAUGAAUAUCAUAUUGUUAUCAAAUUAUUAUACGUAUUAUUGUAUUCCAUGUUCUGUAUUUGAGUUCGAAUACAGCUUGUAUAUUGUGUAACAUAUUAUAAUAAAAGCAAAUCAUAGUUUAAA